AUGUCGCGGUUUAUUGAACUCCAUUUACUAUCUCAACGAUAUUGUGCAUCUUAUGGUCCUGUUCUUCCUGCCCCGCGACAAGCUAGUCAACAUCCUGCCGUGCAAUAUGCCGUUGAUGCCAUCACCGCUGUUCUGAAGGAACAAACAGGAGGGUUCAAUCUGUCUAGUGUCUCUAUUGGUGUCAAGUUUAUUUAUGAGGAUGAGCCUUUGCUCGACUUUCACUACACUCCUUCCAUCAUGAAUCCGGAGGAAGGUGUGGAGAAGAUCAACGCAGGUACGGUCUAUCGACUGGGAAGCAUUUCGAAGGUAUUCACAGUACUGGCGACGCUGCGUCUGGCGGAGGAUGGUGUGUUGAGUAUGAAUGAUCCUGUGACUCGCUGGAUUCCUGAGCUUGCUUAUAGCGAUGGAUCUGAUUCCAGUGAUGAGCUUCAUGUUGUUCACUGGGCUGACAUCACUGUUGCUGAUGCUGCGGUGCACCUUUCCGGCCUUGGCGGAGAUAUCAAGUGA